AUGGAAAAGUAUGAAAAAUUAGCUAAGAUUGGAGAAGGGUCUUAUGGGGUUGUAUUCAAAUGCAGAAACAAAACGUCUGGACAAGUGGUAGCUAUUAAAAAAUUUGUGGAAUCUGAAGAGGAUCCUGUUAUUAAGAAAAUAGCACUAAGAGAAAUACGUAUGUUGAAGCAAUUAAAACACCCAAACCUUGUGAACCUCAUUGAGGUGUUCAGGAGAAAGAGGAAAAUACAUUUAGUUUUUGAAUACUGUGAUCACACGCUUUUAAAUGAGCUGGAAAGAAAUCCAAAUGGAGUUGCUGAUGGAGUGAUUAAAAGUGUAUUAUGGCAAACACUUCAAGCUCUUAAUUUCUGUCAUCAACAUAGUUGUAUUCACAGGGAUGUCAAACCUGAAAAUAUUCUAAUAACUAAGCAAGGAAUAAUCAAGAUCUGUGACUUUGGAUUUGCACGAAUUCUGAUUCCAGGAGACGCCUACACGGACUAUGUCGCCACACGGUGGUACCGAGCCCCCGAGCUCCUCGUGGGGGACACUCAGUACGGCUCUUCGGUGGACAUAUGGGCUGCGGGCUGCGUCUUCGCGGAGCUCCUGACCGGCCAGCCGCUCUGGCCCGGGAAGUCAGAUGUGGAUCAGCUUUAUCUGAUCAUCAGGACUCUGGGCAAACUAAUCCCGAGACAUCAGUCCAUCUUUAAAAGCAACCAUUUUUUCCAUGGCAUCAGUAUUCCUGAACCAGAAGACAUGGAAACUCUUGAAGAAAAAUUCUCAGGUGCUCAUCCCCUGGCUUUGAACUUUAUGAAGGAGUGUCUGAAGAUGAAUCCAGACAACAGAUUAUCCUGUGCCCAGCUCCUGGAGAACCCCUACUUUGAUUCUCUCCGAGAAGACCCAAUUAAAAGAAAAGCACGUAACGAAGGAAGAAGCAGAAAACAUCAGCAGAAUCACCUGUUGCCUCUCAUACCAGGAAGCCACACCUCCCCCACACCUGAUGGAAGAAAACAAGGCCUCCAGUUAAAAUUUGAUCAUCUUCCAAACAUUUAG